AUGGCUACUGGAGAAAACCCGUUUCGGAUCAUAAUUGUUGGAGGCGGACUCGUAGGUCUCACUACGGCGCAUAUCUUAUCCAAAACGGACAUCGACUUCGUUAUACUUGAACGACAUGAGAACUUAACACCCGAGCUCGGCUCGCUCCUAAGCUUAUGGCCGCCGACAUUUCGCAUCUUAGACCAGCUAGAUCUCCAAGAUGUAGUAAAGCCCGUCCUCAACCCUAUCGACUAUGCAAUUAAUAUGUCUGCCGACGAUGAGUCCAUAUUCCUAAAGUGGAACGGCGGAGAGUUGAUCAAACAAAACCACGGGUACGGAAUCCAGGUUACUCACCGCCCGCUAUUCAUUGAAGCCUUAUAUCAAAGCCUACCUGACAGUGCGAAAGCACGGAUCAAAGUCAAGAAGCACGUCGCCAAAGUGAACGUGUCAGAUGAUGGAGUGGUCGUCGAGUGUGCCGACGGUACUGUGGAAAGGGGCUCUAUUGUGAUGGGCGUAGAUGGCGUCCACAGUAGGGUUCGCCAAUGCAUGCAGGCGAUGGAGGAGGGCAGGGCAGCUCCUAGCAUAUCAGAAACGCCCAAGAGUCCCUACCUCGCUACGUUUAAGAUGGUCUUUGGGAGCGUACCUAUCCCGCCGACAUUACCGAAGAAUACCAAUCACGAAUGCGCGUCAGAAGGUGUAUCGGUUCAGCUUCUCACUGGUAACUCUCAGGCAUGGUUCGGCGUGUACGAAGCGUUUGAUAAACCUACGUCAGAACGCAUCAAAUAUACCGAAAAGGAUAAGCAGCAGGCCAUACAGAAAUGGGGACAUCUGUAUGCCGCUCCCGGUGUGACAGUGCGCGAUAUUUUCAGUUUACAGAAUGGAAACUUCGGUAUGAUCAACCUAGAGGAAGGUCGUGUGGACAAGUGGUAUUGGAAUCGCAUCGUUCUCGUGAGUGAUGCUAUUCGGAAACUAGAGCCUCAUGCCGGAUUAGGGUAUAAUAGCGGUGUGGCCGACGUAGUCGUUCUCGUGAAUAAGCUCCGGCGCUUACUCCAGACUACUCGGUCACCCGAUACGAAAGCCUUAGAAGCGCUAUUCGCCGACUACCAGGAGGAGCGGAAAAAGGAGGAGCCAAUGAUUCAAGACAUGUCUAUCCGUCGGGCCCGGCUUUGCGCGUGGCUCAGCCCAAUGGAUAAGAUCAUGGCCAAAUACAUCAUCCCCUACACUAACUUUGCAGUAUACAGCACAACCCACAAAUACGGACCAGUCGUCUCCCGAGCUCCUAUCCUAGACUGGUUAGAAGAGAAGUCCAACAAUCCAAAGAACGUGCGAAUACCCUACGUCCACCACCCUAUCAUCAACGGGGAGAAGCCAAAGAAUGCGUUAUCAAGAAACCAUAGCUACUACAGCCUAUCAGCCUUUGUCGGAAUGAUCACCGCGGCUGCUCUUGCUGCACUAGGACUCCAAUACUACCAUAGGAUCUUGACAAUGAUAGAAUCCAUGGCGACCUAG